AUGCCACCGAAGCCGGCGCCCAAGCCUAAGGCUACAGGGAAGGCGGCGGCGCGAAAGCCAAGCAACUCAAACCCGGGGAAAGGAUCCUUGCAGAAACACAAUGAUGGACACGCGGAGACAUGGAAACGCCGAGCCGCAAUUGACCAGAAAGCAUUGGACGCAACGAAAGCGCCAAAGCGAGAUCCACCUUUGAAAGUUGGAGGCGUUGAGGUGGUUGGACAACACAACCUGUCUCGCAUUCUUUUGGAGUCCAUCGUAGCCCUGCCCUUUGCCAGAGGCAAUUCGAAAGUGUGCUUGAGGCGCAUCUCCAUUUUUCAGAAGGCGCCUGAACGAAUCGGGCCUCCAGUGGCCUCCUCCCCGUCGGCUGGACCCAGAAGUGCAAGGAGCGCAAAGGGUCCUCCAGUUGACGUGCCAAUUGUAUUUCACCAAAUGGAUGAAACUCAUUUGGAAGAAGCUGACUGCCCCUCCCUCUUCUUAGCACUAGCAUGCGGGGUGGAAGCCACAAAGCCAUGCCUAUUACGUGUGGGGCCGGCUGAUCUCUUGGAAGAAGAGGCCAACUCCUUUCCCAUUUUCGAGGCUUAUGGCCCGUGGUCUCCAAAACUGAAGGAAGCGAAGGUCAUCGCCACGAGGCACAAACAUAGCAUUAUGGUGAUUCCAUUGGCCGGUGGGCAAUGCUUGCUGCCGCCUUUGGCGGCGGAACCUGCCCUUGAGCAAAUCACUUGCUUCACCAAGAGCUUUACUGAUGCCUUGUCGGCCAAUGAUGGCAAUGAGGUGCCCGUAGCGGUCAGUCGCGCAUUGAAGGCCACACAACAUGUCUGCUGCAGCAUUUUGCUGCAGCCGAUGCUGAAUGCAUCUGAAGAAGUGCUGAAUUUGAACCAAACACACCCAGAGCUGAGCGUGGAUUUCUAUGAUGGUCAAGGGGCCAAUGCCAUUGGCCUAGAGAAGGAACAGAUUGAUGAACUGAGAGGAGGACCUUUGACGGAUGGCACACCAAUCGGAGACCUCAACAAGAUGGUCUGGGAUUUGGUGCCUGGCAUGAAACAGACAAGGCCCACACAAUUCCUUGCGUGGUUCCAUUCGCAGAUGCAGCAAUCUGGCACUCGCUGGAAGUUGAAGGCUUACUACUCCGAUAGUGGAGUGCCUAUUGACUUUGAUGCAGUUCUGCAGGAUGAGGACGGCCAUGCUUUCCUUGCACCGUGCAGUGCCAAUGCGCAGUUUCCGCGUUUGGCAACGCUGCGGAAGAGCCAGGAGGACCUUUUGCAAGACGGAUCGACACGGCAGCAAGCGGAACCAAAAUUGACACUGCGAAUAAACAUUUUGUUGGUGACUAUCCCGCAACCUGGUUUUCAGAUGAUGUGGGCCUUGCUGGAUGCUUCCAUUGAACUGGUGGCAGCAGAACACACUCGUCCAUAUCCCGAGCGAAAGCGCUUGGCCCUGUGGGCAUCUUUGUGCUUUGCAAUUCGCUUAGCUGUCGCUUCCAAGAAGAUGGAUGAACCAGGUUGGCUGGCUGACAAGUCCAAACUUUGGGGGCGUUUUGAUGACACUAUUGAUUUGGAGGGCCUUGCAGCCAAAGUCUAUGUGACUCGAUUCGGAGUACAGGAAUCUUGGUGCAGAGAUCAAGUCUCGAAUGAGACUAGGUCAAUCUUUGCAGAUGACCUGCCUUGGGACCUUAUAGACAUUUCAGCACCUGCUGAGCCAGAACUGGAAUUCGACGACGUCAAGACUGAGCUUCCGACAGAAGCUGCACAUUCGGAAGUUCCAGAUCCGGAAGAGGAAGUGACAGCAAUCCAAGAGUUCCUCAGUUUUGAUCCGGCCUGGGCUGCAGCUUGUGCCUGGGAGCGUUUGCCGCCGCCAUGCUGGGGUGGUCGCUGGGGGCAUCAGGUGAUUGCCGUGGAGGACAAAAUCUUGAUCAUCGGUGGUAUGAGCACGCAGACGGGCAAGCCCCUCCAAGAUGCUUGGAUCUCAAGCGAUGGGCAGCAAUGGGAAGAUCUUCCAACACCACCAUGGCCUGCGCGCUUUGGGCAUCAGGUGGUUUGGUGGGAGGACCGUUUGAUUCUAUUGGGUGGCUCCGGGGAAGAGGAUCGUCGUUUCCGGGACGCAUGGCAAUCUACGGAUCUGGGCCUCUCAUGGCAAGAACUGCCUUGUCCAAAAUGGUCUGCUAGGCAUGGGCACCAGGCCUUGGUGAUGGAUGUGUCCCUGAAAAAGGCACCGGCCAGACCAUUGUUGGUGCUGAUGGGUGGAAACGCCACCGGCAACAAGGCGCUCAAGGAUGUUUGGGCCUCUGAUUCGGGCGGCUUUUCCUGGAUGGAGUUGGAGGCAUUGCCGUGCACACCGCGAUGGAACUUCAACGUGACACACCUCAAUGGUCGCCUUUGGCUUACUGGAGGUGAAGACGAAAACCAUCGCUUGAAUGACUGCUGGGUGCUGAAGGGCUCAUCAUGGAACCACAAGGGGAGUGGUGGGGGAGCUGGUGUCUCCAGAUGGAAGAGCGAUGCCAGCGUAGGUGAAGAUGGUUGGCGAGGGCCCCUUACAGCACCCUGGGCUCCGCGGGCACAGCACCAGGUCAUUCCUUUCCGCGGACAGCUGGCUCUCUUCGGAGGCAGUGAUGAGAAGAAUCAGGUGCUUUAUGACGCGUGGGUCUCUGAGGACUGUGCCACCUGGCGGCCCUUGCCAUACUUUGCUUGGGCUCAGGCGGCUGGACGUGCUGGACACGAGGUCGCACAAUGGUUUUCGGUGGCCUCGGUGGUGGCCGCGACAGUCUACGUUCCAGGCUUGAAGCUGAUGUUGAUUGGCCUUUCCACCAUGGGAAGCACAAGCUGCUGCCAAACGAACCGGAAACGAGAUGGGGACACCUUUCUGAAUAUGUUUGCAGUGGGCCUUGUCUUGCUGAACCAGCACCCGUUCCUUGUUGGUGUUCAAUGCGAGAUGGGCAGCGACGAGUCGAUGUCUCAAGUUAAACAGGAUCAGCAUGCGAUGAUCGAGCAGAUCCGUGUGAUCCUGCAGGAGGGCUUGUCAGAGAAUGCUGCAGCCACGCUUAUCAAAGAGAGUUUCCUGCCACCAAGACCUCGCAAUUUAGGUGGGCCUGCUUUCUCCUCAGCUGCCUUGACUGAACGGGUGAUUCUACUAAAUGACAGGCGAACAGUCAUGAGACGAGAGCCUUGUGAGAUUCCAAAUGGCUGCGUUGUCAUCAGUGAGCAGCCAAUCCGCCGUACAAGGCAAGGGCUGUUUUUUGCUGUUCGUAUGGAGGGCGUCCUACAGGACGGUUGGUGCAGCAGUUGGCCCGUUCUGGGCCUAACAACGAUCUCUCCAGAUGAUAUGCAGCGAGAUGGGUAUCCCUUGCGGGCCGAAUGGUGUGGGAAGAGUGUUUGCAUCGGAGGUGAGUUCCAGGAGCUGAAUAAGUUUGAGGGUCCACAGCCUCGGUGGAACAAUCGGCCCACCACGCCCUGGGACCUGGGGGAAGGUGAUGUGAUGGGCAUGCUGUACACGCCUGAUGGGGACCUUCACCUCAUGCUGAGCCUUGACAGAUCGAACUACCAGACCGUCUUUUCAGUCUCCACGGGGAAGCCCUUGGAAUCGCGGGACUACUACGCACUGGUGGACUGCCGUGGACAAGCCUAUGAGCUGAUGUUGCUACCCUAUGAACCUUGGCUCCAGGGAUGCUGCACUCGCGAAAUGCCCGUGAUUGGCUAUAUGCAGGAGUUGGCUCUUCAACCGUUGAUUAGCCACAAGGUGGUGGAUCAUGUGGCUCGUACGGCGGCCAGCCGUGCGCUGGCAGAGUGCAGCUUCUCAGUGUCCAUAGCAGAUCCAUCACAGCCAGAUAUGCAGAACCGACGCAAGACGGGUGAACUCUUCGUUAAUUUGCUGGCUCUGCGCGGUCUUCGUGUCGCAAGGGAUGCAGAGACUGGAGAGGAUAUUUGGUACUUGGUCGGAAUCCAGUCAGAUGUGACUCACCUCGUGAGGGAUAGUCACGCCUCGCACGUGCCCAUCGAGAUCAAGGAGAAGCAUGCUCAAGAGCUUCAAGGAGUUGCGGAGAACUUGCGGCAGGAGCUUGAGAAGGAGCGACGCAAUCGCAUGAACAUGGAUUUCUCAAACAUCACUGUCUUCCAGGAGGUGGCACUCACAGCUCGGCAUUCCAUUGUGGACUGGACUGACCAAGAGGGUCAGAUGGUAGAAGUGCCAGCAGUUCAAGGAAUCCAGGCCGGGCCAAAGCCCAGUUCCGCUCCUCGGCCACCAUUGUAAGAGACGGACUCUUUUUCCAAGGAAGCAUGACAAAUACACUGUAACAAUAUGAUACAAUAUGAUAUAUAUAUGAUAUUAUAUAUGCACGUAGUUCUGCCAAUAUUAGAUAUUGUCAUGACAGCAUGAAGUUACAUUACUUCGAGG